UCGAGUUAUGAAUCCGGAAUCUGAAUCCACAGCCUACAAUUAUGUAUAGAAUGCCUCUCUUGCUCACGACAAGUUUAUAUUUGCUCAUCUUACGCGACGAAUCAUGUGUUUCACUCAGAGUCUGUGCCUGCAGGCUGCAGACUUUAAAGUCAAGACCGUUUAAUUUUCAAUUAGGGUAUGUGCAUGUCUGGCCUGUAGACUACUUCCAUUGGGGGAUUCCCGGUAUUUAUGGAAGAAAGCGCGCCAAGAUCAAUUCGGGCUGCGAAGGGCAGCAUGCAGUGCAUCGAGAGCAACUGUGGCAGCGGAUUUCUCGGGGAGAUUUCUACAAAAAAUGGUGCUGUGAUACUGAUAUCUCCGUUGACUUAUCAAGAAAAAGUUCUAAGGCUCAUCUAUUGUCGUUUGCAUGCUAAUCUGUCAAAAUCAAAAGUUACAUAAUACAUAUGUUUAUAGAGGCAGAGCUAUACUAUAGACGGCAAAACUUAGGUUUUUAGCUUCAGUUCUUUCUCCGUACCAACUGGGAACCACUCCGGCCACCCGGUACCCUACUACGGGGCGACCUGGCGCCGUUGCAUCGGCUUUUCCGCUGACUUGCAGAUCUGAUAUGUUGGCUGCUUGACUUUAGUCUUAGAUGAGUUAGUUUCCUUCCCUGCCUUUUCCUCUGACUAUGACUAUUUGAAUGAGAUUGGAACUUAGAUCUAAUUAUAUAUCUAAACUAGAUCUGACAAGUCAAAUCAUGCAUUAUUCCUGUCAGUGUCUACCUUGGCUACUCUGUCUUUGAUAAAGUGAUAAUAGUAUGUGUACUCAAGUCAAGAACCCCCUGCUACAGUUGUAACUGUACAUGUAAGACCCUUAAAUUCAGAGUCUUUAAACCCUGGCCUCUAAAUGGCUGAGAAGGCUGUAGAACAGAACUUGUCGUGCCCACUUUGUUUUGAAAUCUUUGAUGAGCCGACCAUCCUGACUUCGUGUGGACACACUUUUUGUCGGAAAUGUCUAAAGAAUUAUGACAAGUCCCAAUCCCGUAAGGAACCCGAUCGCAAUUACAUGGUGUGUCCCAUCUGCAGGGGGAUCACAGAGUUUAAAUCUACCAACCGUGUUGAUGAUUUCUGCCCUAACCUGUUGGUCAAAGGCCUGGUAGAUGAUGUGAAAGAUGUCCUUGAGAAGAAGAAUCUGAAAUCCAAUGAACGCCCUAGCAGAAGACCAGCUGAGACUCAAAACCCCUCUAGCUCAACACGCAAUGACCCAAAUGCCACGUCCAGUUCCACUUUGAGACGAGGGGCCGUCAAGAUGAUAGUUUUUGAUGAUGGCACCAUGAUUAAAACAAUGCCAGACGGGAGCAAGAUCAAGGUUAUGCCUGAUGGCCGCAAGUUUAAGAUGAAGAGGCUGACUUCAUCCACGGCCCGAACUGCGGAUGCUCGUUCAAGCUCCAGCCGACUGAAUAGUGGAUCCCCCGUGCCACCAGAUCCCUCAUCAAAUGCAUCCAGGCAAGAUGAAUGUCUCCACCAACCAUCAACCUCUGGUACUAGCGUUGGUGAGCCAGAACAAAGAGCCCUCCAGAACAACACAAGAGACUCUAGUAGAAGACCAGCAGAGACUCGUAGCACCUCAAGCUCAAAGUAUAUUAACCCAAAUGCCAUGCCCAGUUCAAAGUCUAACGUAAGGGCCAUCGAGGUCAUAUUGCUCAGUGAUGGCACCAUGAUUAAAACAAUGCCAGACGGGAGCAAGAUCAAGAUUAUACCAGAUGGCCGCAAGUUUAAGAUGAAGCGUCUGACCUCGUCCUUGGCCCCGAUGCAGAAUAAUGGUUCACAUUCUAGCCAGCUGAGUAAUCCGGCACCAACCAGUCUGAAUUCAUCCAGGCCAGAUGAACAUCUGCAGAAUCCAUCAAGCAGUGAUACCAUUAGUAACUAUUCUUCAUCUGAGUCUUAUUUUGAGGAAACCAGCCCUUUUGAAUCAGAGGAGGAAGAUACUUGGAAUGAGGAAGAAGGGAGUGAAGAUGAUGACUCUUUCGACAACUGGUUUGAUGAGAGCAGCAACACUGAACACUUGGAGUAUAGUCCUUCAAGUUAUGAUGAAGUGGACAGUGAUGAAGACGAGGAUGACAAUGAUGAAGAUGAUGAGGAGGAAGAUGACAAUGUAGAGGAUGAGUUGGAUUCUGAUGAAAUGGAUUCUGAUAACGAUGAAGACGACAAUGACCCCCUGCUAGAAAGGCAAGGGUUUUCUAAGAAGUUGAAGUAUGGAGAGCCUGUUCAGAAGAAUCCAGGCCAGAAAAGGAAGUAUGAAGAGAGUGAGGAGGUAUAUAGUUCAGGUGAAGAUUAUUAGGAUGAUCAGACCUUUGGAUUACAGUAAUACAUCUUUUUCAAUAAAGCAGAUCCGAACCAGCAGCCUAUAAAUAGAUAAAGCGUAUUUACUUUGAACUUCAGUGUGAUUGUGUAAAAUUUAUUUCUCUAAAUGAUUAAAGAAAGAGUUCCAUGUUAUAAGGAUAAAUUUAUAUUCAUGUAUAUAUCAUAGAAAAACUGUUUUCAAUUUUAUUCAUUCCGCAAUAGUAAUCCCGUUAAUAUUAUGAAAGCUUUAUAACUUUCCAAGAGAAUACUUCAUAUUACAACCAAGAUCUCUAUCAAAAUUACAUGACAGUGCAAUUUUCUCUUCUCCUUGCUCAAAAUGUCUGAAAAAAUAGCUUUUUACCCACUCUCUUUUUCUUAAACCUUUUCGUUUUGUCCUAAUAUUUCUUUCCUUUCAGGGAAUGAGACC